AUGGGAUUAUCACAUAAUUUCCUGUUACCAUGCAUUUACCUUGGUAGCUAUUUCUAUCAAAUAAAACUCAAUGAUGAAAAAAAUAAAGAUGCAAGCUGUAAAUAUUUCAGUUAUAAGCUCAAGGAAAUCAUGAUGUCUAAAAAUAACAAUUGCACUCGAGUAAAAGAUUGCUACCAAAAAUUGAUAGAUGCAAAAAGGCAUGAUAAAAUAUAUGUUCUUCCUAUAUGUAAGGGGAUAAUUAUAGAAAUUACGGAUGAAAUGUAUAAAAUAUUUAAUCGUCUUGAUGUAUUAUAUGAAAUAUUUUAUAAGAGAUAUAAUAAUAUCCAGAAAAACUGCUUUCAAAGAGAUCGUGAAAAAUAUGAUCCUUAUAUGAACUAUUUAAAUUCUUGCACGUAUAUGGAUGAUGAAGCUUUCCUAGAAAUGCUUAUAAUACUUAAUGACAGACUUAUUGUUGUUUGCCCUGUUCUGAAGAAAAUUGAAAUUUAUAAACCCAUUACUAAGCUAAACAUAAGUCGACCAGAGGACGAAAUCGAAGUAGAAAGAGAAAUUCAAGUAGAAGAAACAACCGAAAUAGACGAAACACUUAUAGUAGAAAAGACAAGCCCAGGAGAGGUGAGAAGCUUGGUGGAGGUACAAAGACGAGUAAAUUUGGAAAAUUUCGAAGAGGUAGUCAGCAGACAACGAGGGGAAAUCUCAGAAGAGGUGACAGGAUUAUCGAUAGACAUGAAUUUUAUUAUUUUACCUUUUUCUAUAUUAAUAAUUGUGUUCAUUUUAUAUAAGUAUACCGGAUGGGGUUCAUUUAUACAAAGCAGACUAAGGAAGCUAAAGAACAUAUUCAUCAAAAAUGAAAAAAAUAAAUGUAGAGAAGUAAUUGAUUAUUUUGAAAAAUCAUACCAAGGUUCAAAAAAUAAAUGGCGGCAUAUUUCAUACAGUCCAGAAUAA